AUGGCCAGUUUCACCGCCCCGUCUACCAUGGGCUCUCUUCCAAGGAAGGGCCCGCCUACCAUGGACAGCUUUCCCAGGGAGGUCGAGCUCAUGAUCCUCAGACACCUGGACGACGAAGACGACAGAGACGCUUUGGUCGCGGCUUAUCCGUCCUGGAAAGAUUCGGUCGAAUAUGACAACAUGUUUACGACGGUCAAGGUUGACCCUUCGGGCGUGCAUAGAAUGCCCCUGAAUGACUUCCUUGGCCUGUUCAACGAGAGCAACAUUGAACAGCACAAGUUGCUCCACAAUGUACAGGUCGGAUUCCAUCUCGACGGAAUCCGAAAUCACGGCUGGCUUAUCGAAAACGAGCACGUCAAGGAAGUCGAUUCCUGGCUGCUCACCCAGCCAAUCCUGGAUGUGCUAGAAACACUGCACCAGGUUGAAACCCGAGUGCAGGCCAGCAUGGGGGCCGGUGCCUCCCCCUUCCGUCUGUCACUGAAUAACUGCACGGAGCCCAGCCCGUCAUGCGACGUCACCAACUUUAAAAUUGUGACGGACAUGUGGAAGCAUGAAAUGUCCCUGAUGUUCCGCCAACCCCUCAGUCUAAAGCUUGGACGGCCUAUGCGCAACGGGCCGGCACCUAAGAUGCUACAGUCGGUGCAUGACUUCGUCUUCAAGAACAAGGGGGUCCUUCGCUACGUCGAUCCGAGCAACGUUGUGGCGAUAGCAUGGCUGAUGUGCAACCUGCGACGGCUCCGGCUCGAGUUUGACGAGGGCGAGUUUUGGACCGCGAAGUCAAAGGAGAAUUGGAGGAGUAGCAUCUGCUGCGCGCUGGCUUUCCCUAGACUUGUCUCGGACGGCAUGCCCCUCCUCGAGGAGGCGCACGUCCACAUCGGCCGCCGCUCGGUAGCGGACAACGAAGACCUCCGGGACCGCCAACCCGAUUCCCAGUACUACCGGUGGCACCAUGCAGAACACGUAAUCAUCACCUUCUCUCGGUGCUCUUCGCUCACCUCCCUGAAACUGACCGGGCAGUUUUGCCUUUCCCCCUUGGCCUUCGACGUGCUCCCUGACCCCUUCAGAGGCGGCGCACGCCCUUUCCCUGCGCUACGCAGCUUCCGGCUCGACUUCGGGCCCGAUUCCACGGGGGCGAGGUGGUACUUUGACGCGGAAACUCCGUCGUCCUCGUCCGGUCGGCCCUUCCUGCCGUGCCUGCAGAAGCGCACGCGGCCCAACGACGACAUGAUGAACCAGCUCCUCCUGAGCGCCGCGAAGGCUGUGGCCAAGAUGAGGAUGAUCGAGACUUUCUCCCUUUGCUUGAGAGACAAGUUCUACUUUGAGGCCACCAAGCGGACAUUAGAGGUGCACUUCGUCUCCAAGAACUGGCGUCACGGAGGCUGCCCGACGCUGACCUUCAAGCUGGGCAACUACGUCGAUACCUGGCGCCCGCGUGCUGAAGUUCUGGCAGCGUGGAAGGCAGCUGCUGGUAGGAUGGAGAGGAGGUUGGAGAUUUUGUUCGAGGAGUGA